AACAAAUGAAUAGCGUCAGCAAAAUUCAAUGAUGUAAUUUCUCACGAAAAUAACGGUCAAGCACAGCGAUGGUGAAAAUGAACAAGUUGAGUAACACAGAGAUAUAAGAUUGUCUUAAUGGAUCACUAAAUUCACAGAGGAAACUUAAAACGAGAUCAGUAAAUCAGUGAUAAGAGUCACCGCUUUGAUCUAGCUAGAUGACGAUUACAAGUCAUGCUAGGCUUUCAAGAAGACACUAGUGAUGAGCAUAACAUCCAACUCGAUCAAUGCGACUGAUGCAAAAUCUUGCAGAGGUUCACCUGACAUGACAAUGAAACCCCAAUAAGGGCUCUCAGUCUGGUAAUAAAUGUCACUGACACGUGUUUAAAAACAGCAGACAUGAAUAGAAGGAUGUUUAAUGUCUGUUAUUAAGCGGGGAAAUCUGCGAAAAUAUAUGAGCGUUUGGUCGGAAGAGGUAAAACCCUCCGAAAAUUGAACUGGUGUCUGUUGUCAUUAAGCGAGAGUGAGGUCUUGAGGGAAAAAUCUCAGACCGAGACCUUGACCGAGCGAUAGCCAUGUAAAUACAGCAAGGCCGAUGUUUGAGUUUUUCCCGUAAAGAAAGGACGUUUGAGGCUAAAGAGUUGUUUGUUAUAUGGCUUUUUUGCAGAACCGUAAUCGACCCGUGGGCAUUACGGGAGAAUAAUGCCAUGGAUUUAGCCACUCAGAGCGCGCGGUAUAUCGGCUACAAACACAGGCCAUAUAAUAAAGACAGGUUCCACUACCAUUGUGGGUGUUGACCAGCAGAGCGGUGCCCCUUCAUCCCUUUUCUUCUUCUUCUUCUUCUUCUUCUUCUUCUUCUUCUUCUUCUUCUUCUUCUUCUUCUUCUUCUUCUUCGUCUUCGUCUUCGUCUUCGUCUUCGUCUUCGUCUUCGUCUUCGUCUUUAUAAUUGACUUUAAUCGAGGUUGGACUGAUUAAACCCUCGAGAUACGGAAUACACGAAUUGAACGGUCUGUACCAAACUAAAGUGAAACAAGUCAGCUUCGUCUACCUUGUUUGUUGUUUUUUUUUCACAAAUAAUACGUCCUCUUAAAGUCCAAGGUAACUGUAAAAUCUGCCAGGCAACAAGAUUGCUAAUCUCGUGCUUACGGCGUAAAUUGCAUACUACAGGAACAUUUGUAGUGCCUGCAAGAGAAGGCUUGUCUCCGGUACUUUGAUUUGACUUGGGGUAAAGAACCCGGAACCCGGGAACUCGAAAUUUCCAAAUUGACAUCACAUCCAGUCGUGCGCAGUAUGUGUAAAAGUUGUCUGCGAUCAAAUGAAAGAAUCACGUGUUAUGAGUUAUUUUUUGCCAACUUUUCCGCACCGCAGUUCUAAUUGAAUCCACGAGAACCACUUGACAGGAUUACAAUCGCUUUGCAGCUGAUACAUAACUAAUUAAGUAGAUUACUGCUGCAUUUGAACUCUUCGAAGAAACCAAUUAAAUAGCUUGGUCAGCUUGGUCCGUCUGUUCUAAGAGAGUAAAAGAUAGAACCUCCUCGUUUUCCACUUGUUCGGUCGUCCUCACUGACAGAAAAUCUGGAACAAGUUGUGCAUGGUCAAAAGAACCAGCAAGAGGUUGAUACCAGUACUGAUGUAACUUCCGUUAUUUGUGCAAAGAAGCUCCAUCAUCUCAGUUUUUCUUCCGGUUAUUGAUUCAAAUAAGGCACAAAGAAGUCUUCCCUUUUGUUAAUGAUUAAUAAGGUUGUCAUCACGGAUAUUACAGAAACACAAUGAAACGGUUUGGCCCUGAAAAAACAUCAAGUGUCAUAGUUUAAUGGAGAAGGCGUCUGGUAUUGUGUAACUGUUAUGAGUUAUUUCUGCUUCUAUUUUGAAGAAUCGACCAAAGUAAUAUUUCAGUAUAUUUUGUUCAAACCGGGGAAGGAGAAAUAGUGCACCAGGUACGAAAGAAAUACAUCUCACCUAAUUUAAUAGUUAGCAAGAAAAGAGUUGUUUGGAUUUGUUUACCAGCUACACGACUACUAAAACAAGCAAUUUUGCAACAUGGGGCACAAGUUAACUUCUUUGACCUAAGAUAACCGCAAUUUCUGUCACUCUUUUUCUCAUUCGCUGAGCACGAAACACGCCUUUAUAAAAAAGAAAGCCUCACUAAGCACUUGAUUGAAAUCUUCAUAAUUAUGAAAAAUAUCAUUUUUUUCGUUAUGCUUUUAAGCUCUUGAUUGUAAAUUUGUGACUCCGAGAAAACAGCAAAGGAAUAGGUAUUCGCCUUUUUGUUUGGCGAGAGAAUCAUGUUGGCAUGCAAUAGCUCGGGAUAAAAUGUUUUCCCUUCCGCGCGAAAAAGAUAUCGUACUAUCCUUACUAUUUUCAAGACAAACUGUAGAAAACUCGUCUGAGCUUUAUUUAACUCAGUUAUUGUUAUGUGAUAGUUACGAGAGGCGCCUCCACCUCCGCCCGCUGUUUCCGGAUCGAAUUAGAAUUUGGAAAGUGUUGAUUUUUGUUAUCAAUAUAAUAAGCAAGUUUAUUUCUUCAGACACUUCAGAUAGCAGAACGAUUUUGGUGCGAAGUUUCCUCGAAGUGAAUUUUGUUGAGGUGCCAAUUGCGUAUUCGUACGAUGUAUUAAGUUAGAAAGUUAAUCAAGAACUAAGCAUGUAUUUCCUUUACAGAUAGCCCGUUCCCAGGCUGCAAUGCGUCCAAAACUGUUCUCUGUAGUUUUAACUGUUCUGGCGUUACCCAACAAGUGUCAUGGUAAAACUGCUGACCUAUGCCCCGCACAACAAGCAAUCCAUGGCAAAGCUCUGAAAGGUUACACAUUUAAGACUCUUAUGACGUCAAAUUCAUUUGGAUGUUUAGUGGAUUGCCAUUAUGAAGACAGAUGCCAGAGCUACAAUUAUGUUAUAAAGACAAAUAUCUGCGAGAUGAACAACAGAACCAAGGAGGCCAAACCAGACCAAUUUUUGUCAGAUCCAGAUCGAUUCUACACGAAGCGUGGAGCACACAGAAAGCAACUUGGUCCCAUUCCCACUCUUCCAGCUCAGUCAUGUAAGGAAAUUAAAGCAAAUGAAGGAGGACAAGUGGUCAGCGGUAACUCAUGGUUGGAUGCCACUGGUUCUGGAGAGGUUAUCUUGGCUUACUGUGACAUGAACACAGAAGUUGCAGAUUUUUGCGUCCGGCAUCGCUGCCAGAACGGCGCUUCGUGUGUUAAUGGUGACUUGAACUACACGUGUCUUUGUAAUAGCGGAUGGACUGGCGCCUACUGCAAUUCAGCUAUGAACGGAAAGAGCUGCCAGGAGAUUAAAUCGGUAUUCCCACACGCCCCUGAUGGAAUGUACCAGGUUCAACCGGAGAACGGCAACAACACAUUGGUCUAUUGUGAUAUGACGUCAUUUGGCGGCGGGUGGACAAUGUGUUACUCUACCGACGACAAAGUGAAUCUGAGGACGAACGUGACAUUUGACAAAAAUCUACCUUAUGGUACGAACGGUUACAGAACAGACUGUAACUAUAUUCAAUUUCGCGAGAUCAUGUUUGCAGACGAACAAACAGAAGAUAAAGCCUUUUUCACGCACAAGCUCAAUUCCUCUCUUGUUGCCAGUGAAAAUUACGGAAUACCAUUGACAGGACUGUGGAUAGGGGGUGGAGUAGCUGACAAAAAUUAUGAAUAUCAACUGGUAAUCUGUGAUAUUCCAUUUUACUCUGGUUUUGUCGUACCCGGAUUUUUAAACAGUUGCUUUAAACAAUGUAACAGUUGGUGUGAUGAUGAGACGACUCCCUUCUUCCGGACAGCAACAUCAUCCCUAUCGUAUUCCGGAGUCGCGUUCAAUGUCAAUGGUCAUCACGCCUUAACCAAUAGACUGAUCAGUGUAGGGUUGCGAUAAGAUAAGUAACGAUUAGCAGUCCAAUCUUUCGUUGGCUGUUGAAUGGCCAUCUAUAUAUAUUUGAUGAAUAUUCCUUUCAGUACGACCUCUAGAACCGUGCCAAUCGAGCAAAAUUAGCCAAUUGAAAGAUUAAUUGAGAACAAAGCAUGGCGACCCUUUUCGUAACAGAAUAUGUUAUAUUGUCGAAGUCAUUCUACCUAUUUUCUCGCAAAAAGAAAUCCAGCUGAUAUGAAUGAGUUCAAAGCAUGUAUAAAUGUCAGACUUGCGAAGAUGUGGAGGGCAGAUUGAAUGGGUCAAACCAUUUUUCAGUGCGUCCAGUUCCUCGGAAGAGAGCUGGCAAGAGGAGAGGUUGGUGACUGACUCUUUUUAGGUGGUUUACAAAUUUACAUGUGUAGGAUGUCAUACCUGUUAUGUCGGUGAAACCACUAGACAUUUCGGCACCAGGGUUCGUGAGCACUUACUCUCGGAUCGCAAUUCCCAUAUCUAUAAACAUCUUCAAGGUUCUGAGUCAUGUAAGAGUCUAUGCUCCUUUAAUUGUUUUUCCAUCUUAGACUCGGCUCUUACUAAUUUCCAACUUAAGAUCAAAGAAACCCUUCAUAUUGAAUGGGAACGACCCGCAUUGAAUAAACAACUCAAACAUGUUAAUUUAACACUCUUACUUUAAUUACUUUUUGUAGUCAGCAUUUUUCACAGUUUUGCACCUUUUUAUUCUUUCACUCUGUUGUACUGGCCCUUAAGUAUUAUGUAUCUUUUUCACUGAUUUCUAACUAUUAUUCUACAUUUUGUAAUUUACACCUAUCUACUUUAUAUAAAGUCACUCACUUGUAAACAUCCUUUAACUAAAGAUGGAUACAGAGUAUCCGAAACAUGUGUUGCAAAUUUAGAAGGUGUGUCGUCUUUUUUAAAUGUUUGAUAUAUAUAUUUGUUGUAAACAUGUGAUUGUAAAAACACUAUUAUUUCUUGCAAUUGAACAAGAACUUUGUGAACCAACUAUAAUUUAAGUCAGUUUUUUACGGCUUAAUUACUUAAAUAAAUAGUUAAAUAGUUUCUUAAUUUAAUGUCCUUAUUGUAAACAUAUGAUUAUGGAAGAUGGUAAUAAAAGAAAUAGUACGAGCUAAAAGUCACCAUAACUCAAUGUCACUCAAUGUCAACUCAAGACAAACUUAAUAGUUUAGCACUGAACAGACUUAGCUUCUCGGCAAUAACACGAAAACUGGUGUCCUAGUAAACAGUUAAAUCACCUUACUUCUGCAGGAAUCUUCGUUUUUUCUAAUAGCUACCUUGUACAUGGUUAUCAUUAUGGAGUCAACCCAACACGGUGCUUCAUAGCAAGGUGGCAGCGGGGAGGUCACACGCGAUCCAUACGUCUUCUGAGAGGGAAGACAAUUGCGAACAAAAAAGAUGAAUAAAUCAGUCAGACAAGGAACAAGUCAUCUUUCCCUCGAGUUGUCUCUCUUUCCGAUGCCCUACCUUCGUUCCUAACUGCGCAUGGUUUCAGUACCGUAUUUUGAAUAAAAGGCAUACGCUGAUAACUGGCUAGAUAUCUAUAAGCGAUAGGCCUUCGGGUCCAAAAGGCGAUUAACCAGAGAAGCAAUUCAACUGCUUGAUCGUUUCCUUAACGGCUUGCCUCACGUCUCUCAUCUUCCAACAAUACAGAAGUGGAUUCAAAGAAGAGUUAAACAUGAGAAGAGUAUCUGUUACAUCCCAAGCGAGGACAAGAGAUGGCGUGCGUAAUCCAGUAGCUACAAAUAUAGCUGCGACUACACCAAAUGGAGUAUAACAAGUCAAAAAUGUUAUCUGCACCCACAGUGCGCUGGUCACUGUUCUUCUGUAACGUGCUGUGUUCAGUGAACGCCGCCCUCCGUUCGGUUGUCUUUGUUGAACAUGGUCUUGAACUGCAGUUUGGCGAUGACGAAGAUUAAGAUAGAUUUUCAUGUAACAAAAGGUUGAGGUUAUUGUACAUAAUGACAUUGCUAUGCACAUAAUGGCCAAAGCAACACCGUAGAAAUAAUGUGAUAAUAUUGCGGAGGCAGUGCUAGCAAGCCAAAAACUAACAACGAGGGCCCAUAUUCGUCGCAAAGUUACCACUUGUCGGUACCUUAGCCCUAACAAUAGGGCAAGAAGUCUGUCUACACUUAUUGUGGUCAGUGUAAGCAAAGACACGCCGCAAAAAAUUACACCUAUCGUCUUAGAAAGGAUGGCAGAAUGGGAACAACGUUUGGAAUGUUCUGGAGACAACAGACCGUAUGCGUAGAUAGGCUGCGUGAUGAGGCCCACACAGAGGUCAGUGGUCGCCAGGCAACCUAGCAAUAGUUUCGAUGGCGGAUGAAGAGACGACACCUUUUUAAAAGCAACAAUGAUCAGGACAUUCUCCAGAAAUGCAGUGAUGGAUAGAAGAAUAUUCAAUGCUGACAGAAAUGUAUCUACAUGACUGUCUAGACCAGGCACGCAGAAUAAAUCUUCAAUUGGGCUGAGGUUUCUGUCGUUAGAGAAGUUUCUCCUCAUUUUCAGCCGGCUU